CGCAAACGCGACAAUUGCUAAACAUGUAAUGGCGGGGUAACGAAAGAAACUUUGGCUGGCAACGCUGACAGCAGCAACAAGACGUUUGUCAUUUGUGGAGUCGUCGGAAGAAACACAACAAAAAAAAGCAAUUUUAUCGACGAAAUGUCCGAUAUACCGAUGUAAACAAUUGCAUGUUACGCAUCGGAGGGCAAAAAGAAUAUCGUAUUUCGCUUUCCGCCAGAAGCGUCCCACUUUUUCGGUGAAGAACAGUACAGUCAGUAUGAUUUCGCGCAUUGUGCUGUAGCGCUUGUGCCAAACAUGGAAGUCGGAGAGUCGGAACAUUCAGGUCGAGGCUUUCGUCAGCGCAAAGGCAGAACUAGCCCGAUGUGUUGUCCAAUUUGCGGCAUCACGUUGCGGGUGCACGAAAUAGAUCACCAUUUUGCAGUCGAGGUAGAUCGUCUGGAGCGUAUACUGAAGCCGAAGAAACAGCUUGCUUACGGUGGUGUGGACGAUGGAACGAAUACAGCCGGACCAAGCUACAGCAACGGAGAAGGACCUAGUCACGGUGGCAACAGCUCGUCCGUGUCUCGAUCAAACGGUCACAGUGGUGAAGAAACCACGGCCAAUUCUAUCGGCCCAGAUGAAUGCUGGGGAACGUAUCAGAAGAUAAAAAACAAUCGACAGGCUAGGUUGAAGUUAAAGUCGAGAAAACGUAAACCGGAGGAUAAUGUGUGUCCUAUCUGCAACAAAGUUACCCUAGAUGACAUUACGCUGCACGUGGAGGCGUGCCUGAGAAAAUCCGAAUCCCAACGAAAUGGAGCCAAUCCAACGAACAACGGUAGUGAAGAGGAUGACGACGAUGAUGAUGCCAGCAUCGACGUUGAGGGUGAGUCGUUCGAUGUUUACGAGUGGGCUGGACAGAAGCGCGUCCGAGCUACAAGUAUGUUAGCCGCGGGUACACACGGUGGGCUCGGUGUACGCAUCACAAACGCCGACGAUACAGACGACGAGCUGAACGUUGACGGUGAUGAAAGCCAGGUAUACGGGCCACCGCAGUACUCGGAGCGGGAUGUAAUAGUUUCGGGUCAAAAUGCGCCCGGUAGCAGUGCGCUGCGAGAGUUGCUGAUUGCCAACGAUCCGCAAACCGUAAAACCACCGGCAGAAAACAAUCCCGGCGAGGGUACGAGCAAGUCCACCGUACCGGGUCCACCGCCCCAGCCACCACCAUCAUUACUCACACCGAUGGACAAGGAGGUAGAUGCGGUGCCAGGUACGGAAAGUCGCAUCGUCGAAUCUUUGAAGGCGAAAAUUCGCGAAUACGAAGGGUACGUUCGUAAUCGACCCAAGUGUCUGAUCUGCAUGGAUGAUUUUCGCAAACCCAUCGUGUCAGUAUGCUGUUGGCACGUGUACUGUGAGGAAUGUUGGCUGCACACCUUAGGAGCGAAGAAGUUAUGCCCACAGUGCAGUAUGAUCACAUCGCCGACUGAUCUGCGGAGAAUUUAUCUUUAAACAAGCUGUCACAUGGUUCGGUUGUAACGCUUGAAGAACGAUGAAGAGCAGACGGGACAAAGCGUCACAUAUUCUGGCGUGAGAAUAUACCGUUGUAAAAUGAUACAGGGUAACCCGAAAGGUAUCGCACCAUCGAGAAACAACGGUGAUAGGCUCGGAUGAACAAAUGGCAAAGUAUGUUAGAUGGUUUCACCGGACGCUUAAAAGACCCGAAUGUGCGAAUCAGCAAAACAGAAGGAACCAAAACACGGUGACAAUGAUGAAAGAAGACAAUAAGCAAAGCAUAUACAGGCAUACUAACGAUAAACGUUUACAACUCGCCAUUGAAUUACAAAUGUAGGGCGUACAGCUUUUGUUCCAGAGCUAAAAAGUAUCAUCUUUUCUAAAACCUCACUAUGCGCUCGGUUUAUGAACAUUCCGUUUAAGUAUUGUAUUAUUUUUUUUAGUCUACCAACUCUGAGUAUUCCUGAAUACUAAGCCAUUUAAUAUGUUUCAGUUUUACACUCGAAUGACUGAAUGAAUAAUAACGAGUUAAAUAACUAACAAAAUA